UAGUUUCGGGAAUGUGAUGUAAAUUGUCAUUUCAAUUUUAACAUGAACGAUGUCAUCAUCACUAAUUAUAUUGAAUCAUCAUUAUCAAAACUCGCUACACUAAAAGUAACAGCUCGAUUUAGCACUCGACAUGAUCAAAGAUCACAACUAUCGUCCGACCGUCGUGCACGGAUCCUUGCAUAUGCUCAGCAGCUCAGACAUUGCAACGACAACCGAUCACCGGAAAGGAAUACCACCAUAAACUCAAGAUCCAAACUACAUAAGAAAAGGAGAUGGCCUGCAAAGAUAAAAUCUUCAUUUGACCAAAUAUUUCAACGACACAAAGUGCCGAGGGGCUAUGAACGUAUUCUUACCGAAGAAUACAACGACGACAAUGAGUAUACACCCGGUGAAAAAGUCAACAAAUCCAAACACAGAACUUCUUACUUUUGUGUGAGAUUCAAGGCACUUCUCAAAGAGUUUUCUUGUGUUGGGAUAUUUAAGCAGAGGCGGAUGCAGGAAUCCCCGGCAGGAGGAGUGACAGUGUAAAACAAUACAUACAAAUACAUAUAUAUUAAAAUUUUAGGGUAAAUAUAACUAUGAGGGAAAAAAUGGCGGGACGGCGGCACCCAUUUGCCCCUCUUUGAGUCCACGACAGUAUUUAAGUGAUAAAUAAAUACAAUGCAUCUU